AUGAUCAUCGAAAAAAGUAAAUUUAUGAAUAAUACUGCAUAAUAUGGUGGUUCACUUUUAAUAAUUAGGGUUAAUACUAUUAUAAAGGAUUGCAUUUUAAAAAAUAAUUUAGCAGAUAUUGGAGGAGCUAUUUAUUACUAAUCUGAGUAUGAAGAAAUAUAUAUUUUGGAUUCAAAAAUAAUUGAAAAUAAGGCAAAGAUUGCAGGAGGUUUGUAUUUAAGUUCUUAAUCACUUUAAUUAACUAAGUAAUUAGAUUUAUAAUUGGAUUAUAAUAAUUCAACAGUAUAUGGAUCUAAUGCUUUGGAGAGACCUAGAUCAUUAACAUUAUCAGUUAAUGUAUUUCAAACAUUUUUAGAGAAAAAAAAAAUAAAAAAUGCUGAUAAUUAAAUUGUUGAACAAAUUAUUAUUAAUCCAUAUAAGACUUUAGGUUCCUAAUCUGAAAAUUCUCAAUUGAUGUUACCUUCUGGAAUAACAAUAGCGAAUUACAGGUAUUUUGAUCCGAUAAAAUCAGAAUUUAUUCCUUAUAAUCUUAAAUUUAGGAUUAUUGCCUUAGAUAAUUAUUAACAAUAAAUUAUGGGUUUAUCAGGUUCUGAAUGUAAUUUAUAACCAAAAGCAUUUAAUUUAAGUUCAUAAAAAGAAGAAUAUGAUAUUUAACUUAGUUUGUCCUAAUAUGAUGUCUAAUUUGAUGAAUAAAGUGGUGAUUAUAAUUUAGAUAAUCUAAUAAUUUAUUUCAAUCCUACUUAUGAUUAAGAUAUAGUUCUUCGAUUAUAAAUUUAAUGUAGUAGUGUUUAUGUCCCAUUAUAUGAAAAUAAUCCACCUUUUUAAAUAUAUGAUUAUGUCACAAAUUAUUCAUUAUAAGUUGAUAUUCGAACAUUUCCUUGUUAAUUAGGUGAAUUCUUAAAUCAAACUUCUGGUGGAUGUGUUCUUUGUGAUAAAUUUUAAAAUUAAUACUAAGUAUCUUAGAGAGCUUAAAAUUGUAGUUAUAAAGAUGAUUCUAAAAUAAAAUCAGUGGAAUCAAGUAUGAUAGAACUAAGAGAACAUUAUUGGAGAGCAUAUUAUUAUAGUGAGAAUAUUGAAUAUUGUUAUCACUUAAUAGAGAAUUGUUAAGGAGGUUGGAGAUCAGGAGAUUAAUCAUGUAUAUUAGGACAUAUAGGAGCAUUAUGUGAAUAAUGUGAUUUAUAUAAUUCUAGAGGAAGUGGAUCUUAUUCUGUAAGUUCAACCUAUUAAUGUGGAAGUUGUGAUGAAAUAGCUUAUUAUGUUAUUACAAUAAUAUUUGUUAGCAUUUGGACUUUGAUUUCAACUUUGAUGUCAGUAAGUAGUACAAAAUUAAUUAUUGAAGAAUUUGUAAAAGGAUUAAGUUUAAAGGCUUUUGGAGUAAGAGUAGCAAUAAAAGAAGCUCAAACUGCUAUCCUUAUUAAAGUAUUCACAAAUUAUCUUUAAAUAAUAUCAACCAUUUCUACAUUUUAAUUGUAAGUUCCUAUAGGAUUAGCUUCAAUUGUUAAUAGUGUUGGUAAUCCUAUUUAAUCACUUGCUUAUUCAUUAGAUUGCUUCUUAGUUAAUAUCACAAAUAUUUUAAUAAUAUACUUUCGAAUUAUUUGGAGUUUAAUUAUAACUUCUAGUUAUAUAAUUAUUAUUUUUAGUUUUGUUGGAAUUGCAACUAUUACAAAACUAAUAAAAUUUAACUUUUCUUUUAUUUCUACUUCUUUGA